AAAACAAGGGUCUGAAAAGAAGAAGAAGAAGUAGCUCGCUAAAUACUGAUGAUGUCACCGUCUGAAAAUGGCUGAAGGGUGAGAUUGAACUCGCAAAUGACUUUUUGUUAAAAAAUACCACUCUAAAAAACAAAGGACAUUAAUGUGUUAUGCAUAUCAUGUGUCAUAUUAUGCUUGUGUUUCUGACUAAGGCGCCACUUUUAAGCCUGCACUUCCCAGCUCACAGAAUCAGUUCAGGAAGUGCAUUUGUUUACCUAAACUCAGCCGAUAUCAGCGUUAGCAUAGUUCCGAUACUUACAGUAAAUAUUAUUCUCAAAACGCUUUGAAACCAGAGGAUCCCAUUGGUUUAGCUGUUAUUGUGACAUUCAGUGUUCAGUCAAAGCAAUCCCUUGUGAGAAUUUGUUGUAAACUGUUUUCCUGACACUGAUAGCUGUCGUUAGCUGACCUGGAAAGCUUGAAGGCUCUGACGAAGUAGGUUGAGUAAAUCCAGAAGUGACUCUGAGUUUGAUGUUUCUCUAAAGCCACCUUUCAAGCGUUUAUCCGGGCUCAGUGUCACUCAAAUUGCAGUAUUUGUUCUCGUUCGGUUAUGUUCUCUGAUUUUUUUGGUUUCAGAAUCGUAGCUAAAGUAUUAUUUUUAACGGUCUUACAGAGAAGGCUGGUGGGGAGGCUGGCUUCAGCAAAGCUUCCAGGCCGUCAAAGAUAAGGUAAUCAACAUGAGGUAGAAAAUUCAUCCAAAUACCUCUUCACAGCUCACAUUUGGAAGGGCUCAUGAAUUACCUGUUAUCAUAGUUUGAUAAGGGAUCUUUUGGUCUGUCAAAAAAGUGCAACACUCAUAUGUAGGGUGACCAAAACGUCCUGUUUUCCAGGGACAUGUCCUGUUAAAUGUCCUGUCCUGGCAGUCCAAGUUGAUUUUUAUAUAGGGAUGGCAAUGUCCUGGUUUCCUUUUUUUAUUGGGCCACUAGGAUGAAGAGGAAAACUUAAGAUAUUUUUUGUUUGUUUGUUUGUUUUUGUACUUUUGUGAGCUCUAUUUUAGUUUGAUUGCUAAAAUAGCAGAGUUAUUUGUUAUUCAAUACAGAACCGACAUUUCUAUCAUUAUUUCAUUUGUAGUUUUUUAAACUUGUCAUAAUAAAACAUGUUGAGUAAUUGAAUUGUUGUCUUUGGUUAUAGAUUGUAUUUGGUAAUGUGACAGUUUCCUAUUCAUACAGAGGAUGCAUACUUUAAAUGUAUUGUCAUCUUGUAAUAGACUUGGAGUAUCAUUUGAGUAUGUCAUUGCCAGGUCAGGUGUCCUGGUUUUCAGUCUUUAAACUAAGUUCACCCUACACAUAUGAGCCAAAACAAAGUUUGCACAGCAUUACCAAGGCAAGACCAGAGUGCCUCUGUUGUUUGUUAGCAUAAUGGGACAGUCAUCUUGAGUAAAGGAAUUUUGCAACAUAUUUUAUCAGAGGCAAAGUCAUUAAAAAAUGUUCUUUUUUUUUCAUAUAUCAUGUCAUUACUUUAAAGGUUAAAGGAUUAAGUUGAUUUGCUCUCUUUUUGCAGUCAUCUGAGGCCUUAGAAUUCAUAAAGCGAGACCUUACAGAGUUUUCUACAGUUGUGCAGCAUGACACAACCUGCUCCAUUGUGGCCACAGCCACUGCUGUCAAAAAUAAGCUUGCGGUAAGUUACACCCUGUACCUCGUUUUGUAUUUUUGUUGUUUUUAACAAUGUGAUCAAACGCAGGCGUAGUGUUUGUAUCCUGUAUCACAUGCACAUCUUAUUGAUGUAGAGAUGAUUAUUUACUAAAAGAUAAUCAGCUGCAAAAUGCCUAUUCUCACCUGUCGAUAUAAAUAUGCUUCUUCCUAGGUGGAAGGUUCCUCAGAAACCACAGAAAAGGUAAAAAAGAGCCUGUCGAGUUUCCUAGGUGUCAUAACAGACACUCUUGUCCCACCCCCUGACAAAACCAUCGACUGUGAUGUGAUUACAUUGGUGGCAACACCAGCUGGAACUACAGAGAUUUAUGACAGUUCAAAGGUAGGCAGGACUUUUUACUGACUGCACAUUUUUCCAAUUUACUCAACCUUUUGCAUUUGAUGCAUUUGAUACAGAACUCUGGUUAGUUUCCUUGAAAACAACACAAAGUAGUAAUUGUGUAAAGGUUUUUUUCUUGUACUUCAAAAAAAGGGGAAAACAGCAAGGUGAAAGUAGCUCAAAAUACUAAUCAGUCUCAGCUAAGCAUUUGUUUUUUUUCUGCAGGCGCGUCUCUACAGUUUGCAAGCUGACCCUGCUACAUACUGCAAUGAACCUGAUGGUAAGGUUGUAUUGUGAAGUAUCAUAAGGCCCUCUCUCUCAACAGAGUAUUAGUCUGGCUUAGGUUUAUUAUUUUUGUAGUUUAAAGGUAAACUUUGGUAUUUUUCUUCCUGGGUCCUAUUUCCAAUCUUGUUGGUGGAGAAGUCAGAAUGACACCUCUCCACCAUUGAGAUUUGGUAGUACACACAGACUGUAUAUAGAAUGGACAGAGUCUGCCUCCUCACUGGGUGAAGCCACUCCUAGAACAGCACACUCUGGCGGCGGGCUGCAGUACAGGUCAUAAAUCCCGCCUCCGCCAGCAAAGCCUAUGGAACUGUUGACAAAUUUAGAAAUUAAUUACACAGAACAUGAUUUUUUUUCCCCACAGCUUGCAAUGUUGACAUGUAGCUACUGUAAGACUGGUUUGUGCUCAAGUCCUCUUUUUUCUAUGCAACUCCAUUUUUAAAAGUAAUUAGGAGGUUCAUGUUUUCUUUGAUUGACACCUGAUACAGCCUAUGGGCGUACAAAGACUGCGUAGCUCACCCGGGAGAUACACAGUUUGAGCCGAGUGUCAUCACAGCGACUGUCGACGACUCUCCUGCUGAAUGCGUGCAACGCUACUGCACAGUGUUGGUUUCAGGAAAUGGAGAAAAAAUGCGGAAUCGCCGAGAAUUUUUCGGCUUCAAAUCCGUAUACUGGCGGAAGGUGGUACCAAGUUGUCCAUAGUAUAUACAAUCUAUGGUAGUACAUAGCCCAGCACAAGGUGGAAGGUAAGGCACACGUUUGCCAUUCCAUUUUUGAGACUCGUACUAACAAUCUUGGCCUUUCAGUGGUAAAAUAAAACACUUGUAAUGGAUGCAGUUUGACGAUGCGCAAUCGCCCAGUCAAGCUUGUUAAGCUCGUUUUGCUGCUUCCGACUUCUCCGCUCUCCGUACUGACCCAAUUUCAGAAAUUCUUCCUGUCAGUCAAACACAUGCAAAUACAUGGGAAAAUAAGGCCCAGGUUGAGAAAUACACAAGUUCCCCUUUAAGCUCUCUACAAUUUCCUGUGCUUUGGCUGAAGAUGUUCAGGCUUUUACUAGUAUUUUUACUAUCUCUGUUAUAUGUUCCAAGUAAAAAGCUGCUCUCUCAUUUGAAAGCAAUGAACCUGCCUUAAAGCAUUGAUGAGAAUUUUACUGCCAAUAGCAAAGUAACAAGGAAUUAUCUGCUUUGAUGUGUGAGUCAAACCAACCUGUUGAUAAAAAAAUUAUUUUUGUAAGGCGUUCUUGUGAUGAUGGAUGGACAUUUCAUGCUUUGUCAAUACUCUUGAUGCCCUUGAUAUGUUUUGGAGUGUUUUUAGGUUGAGUUAUUUCUGUGCAGGUCCUCCAGAGACGUUUGAAAACUGGCUCUCCACCUUUAGUUUGGAAGACAAAAAGAAAGAAAUCUCAGAACUUCUGGUGAACAGCCCCUCAAUACGAGCCCUCUACAACAAAAUGGUACUUGUUACUGAUGGCCAAGGCCUAUUCCCAUUGUACAGUUUCUCAUUUCAAACCAAACUUUUACAAUAUGUCACAGUAUUUCAGCUUACGUUCUAUAAGAGCACUUGCCAAUUUGUAUUCACAGGUUCCAGUAGCCGUAGCCCAUUCUGAAUUUUGGCAGAGAUAUUUCUACAAAGUCUUCCAGCUGGACCAGGUAACCCUUCCCUCUUAACAUUAAACUGCAAACUAUCUGCAAUAUACUGAAUAUAAAAAUCGGUCCAAUCGUCUCAUUUUUGGUUUUGGGUACCACCUAGUGGCUGAUUAUACAACUGCCUCUUACUGUAAAUUCAGGUCUUAAAAUCACUCAGGGACUUUUUCUGUAGCACAACCAAAUAUUCAUUAGUUUCAUCAGUUCUUAAAAACAGAAUCCAUGCUCAAGGUUUUAAGUCAUUACUAUAGCAUCUGCCAGCUGAGACAAUGUAAAGCAUGGGUUAUGCAUUAUAGGUUGUUACCAUUUUAAAAAGAAAAAAACAUUCAGCAAAAAUGUACUGAAACGUGGUCAGCAUUGUUAUUCUUCCUCAGGGUUUCUUUCCCCCCUAAAAUUUGUGACCAAACGGUUUUAUUUUAUUACAGCAGGAGAAUAAUUUUCUCUGACAACUGGAUUCUUUUAAUCAGUGGUGUGUAGAGAACAUUUUCAGUCAAAACAUUUUUUUGCAAUAAUCUCUUGUACCAAAUACACAAGAUAAGGUGCAUCCCUUGAAUGAGAUUUUCAUUUUUUAAAAUGGUAGAAAAGCACAAAUAUGGAUCAAUCAAUUUAUCUCUAUUUACAGAUAGGUGUGUGACCUUCAUCACACCUGAAACAGAAAUAUCAAAUUUUUAAAGUCACAUGACAAGAAAUGGAUGUCAGUUACAGCACUCUGUGGUCAGUUAUUUCUGUAUAGCAGACCACUGUUAUUAAAGGACUGUUGCUAUGGACACGGUUCCGCUCAGACCUCGUGUCCGGAGCACAUCUGAUCAUACACCAUCUAAAAUCUUGGACAAAACAACAGUGGUUUUGAGUGAAGCUAAAACUUUCAGGUACUUUUACAUAAGUUGGCAUUUGACGGUGGGGAAGAGCAUAUGAUAGACCAACAUAAUCAAGGGGUGCAGUAUUUAGUCUGACAGAGUGAGACGGGACCCCUGGUUUUCACCACCAUGAGGGUCCUGUCAUACAGAAUCUUAGCUGCCCCUGAACAAGAAAAAAUGUAACCAUCAUUAUGUCCUGUUUGUUUUUAGCUUGGCUCAAAAAUUAGGCGAUAUCUAUAUUGAAAUUCUUGCAUUAACUCAAACCUUAUUUUUUCCUGUGUUUUCAGGAAGAGAGGAGGAGAUUGGCGUUAAAACAGAGGGCAGAACAGACCACACACAGAGAAACCCUAGGCUGGGAGGAAGAGGAAGAGGGUAUGCUUUCCUCAGUUUUAUAUGGUUUGGGUUUGGAUUCAUUUUUGUAAUCUGUGACUUAAACUGCCAUUCCAAUGUCAUUUUCUGUCAGAUGACUUCAUUGGUGCAGCUUCAUCAACGCAGCCCAACUUUAUUUCCAAGCUGGACAACAACUCAGAUGACCUGACUUCGACGACUCCAAUGGGAACAGCUCUGCCCUGUCCUGCCUGGUCACCCUGUGAAGAGCGUGAUGUCACCAACUCAGUCAGCAGCGAUAGCGUCAGCCAGCCAACACAAGUGGAAAUGUUGCCAAAGCCCGUUGCCACAGAGAUAACCAAGAAACUAACAGAAGCUAGCUUGGAAGAUGUUAAAGUCAAGACACAAGAAAAGCAGAGGCCUUCAAAUAGGGACUUACCUCUUGAGGCUAAAGAGGUGGCCGUAACUCUGCCCGAAGUCAGUGUUGGUGGGGCGUCAAUGCAGACUCUUGCUUCUAAACCAGAGGCAGCAAAGGAAGAAGGGCCACAGGACCUGAGAGUGUUUGAGCUUAAUUCUGACAGUGGGAAGUCUACGCCUUCUAACAAUGGCAAGAAAGGUAAGUGGACCUAAAAAGGUUUUCCAGUUGGCAUGGAGAUCAAGUUAACUGAAAUAGUAAUAAUUUGGGUGUUUUAUUGGCUCAAGAUUGGUAUGCCAAAGCAUGAAAAUGAGGAGCUCACAUAAUCUUAAAUUUAUCAAUCCCUCUACAGGGUCAAGCACAGACGUGAGUGAGGACUGGGAGAAAGACUUUGAUCUCGAGAUGACAGAAGAAGAAGUUCAACUGGCUCUCUCCAAAGUAGAGGCAUCCGGAGAGGCAAGUAUUACCUUUGCAUUUUGGUAUUUGGUUGAUUGAUUGAAAUAAGAAAAGUAUGAUAACAGGUAUGAUUUAUCUUUUUUGAAGUAAGUCUGAUCUUUUUUGCUUUUUUAAUAGCUGGAUGAAGACUGGGAGAACUGGGACUGACAGCCAUUCCAACAGAAACUCUUGACUGCAAUUAAAGCUAGUUCUACGCAGUUGAACCAUGCUUAAUGUGUUGUUAACUCUUUGUCCACACAGCCACCGAGUAAUGACUAUUAGUAAGGUACUUUUUGACAAAUUUAGUACCAUCUUGGUAAACCUGUAAACAAAAACACAAGGAAGACAUGGGCAAUUCGCAUUAGACAGCUCAAGCUUGCCUCAAGCCAAGACAUGUCUAGUUCUUGGGAACCUUCUGGCCCAGAGAGUGAAAGACACUAGUAAUGGGAUGAUGUUGACGCUGUGUCAAGAGCGUUAAAGGUUUCCCAGCAGCUCCCCAGCUGUUAACCAUUUUUCUUUGUAUUGUUCAAUUUGCAAUGUAUGUCGGAAGUUCAUUCCUAAUUUGGUAUUGACUUAAAGAGACAAAAAUAAUGACGAACUUUUAGCACGGCGUGUCUCCUUUCAAAGAUGAAAUACUGGAAAACUCUAUGGAUGAAAUGGAGUUUUUGUUUUUCUUCCUUAUCAUAAUGGUGAGGGCCCCUGAGUUUGUUCCUCUUCUUAAAGAUGGUGAAUCUUGAGAAAAACAAACAACAAAAAGAGCAUCUUUACUUUUGGAUAAACUCCGUUCUAACAUUAAGGCCUUACUAAAUGCAAACCAAUGUUUUUUUUUUUCUUUCUCUUUUUUUUCAUGCGUCAAUUUAUAACACAAUAAAUGUAUAUGUCAAUUUAAGUUCUUUCCCCUUGCUUUAUCAUAUCAUAAAAUUAAUAGAAUAUAUGAUACUGUUGUAAGCUAUAUUCAUUUUUUGUCUUUUUUCAAAUUUUCCACUUCUUUGGGUAAUAACUCGUUUAUCUUAUUUAAGUAGAUGACAAUAAUCAUUACUUUCAAAGAGGGAAGUCAUAUCUGACUUAAAAUCCAAAAUUGAAAUGAAUCCUCUUAUUAUGGUACUGUGUUCUUUAGUUCAAAUUUGGGUUAAAAUCUCUGGGUAUAUAUAUCUUGACAGGAAUGAAGAGAUCUAUUUUCAUUUUAUUUUUUUUCCAAUGCCAGCUUAUGCUUGAGGCAAAAUUGUUCAGCAGGCACUCUGCCACGUAGAGUUUUGUGCAUCAUGUGCUAACUGAUAUCCUUUUCAAUCAUCUACGAUGUAACAGAGAAAAUUAAUCUUAGAGAUGUAAUAUAUAAACCUCAAUCAUUGCCUAUUAAUGUACAAUGUGCUUUUGAUUGCAUGUCUAUGCAUUAACAUGCAAGACAUUGGGUCACUGGUUAUUGUUCUAUGUAUUUUGGUUUGCAUUGUUUUUGUGGAGAUAUUGGCUGUUCAUCAGAAUUAUAUGUUCUGGCAAUAUGUUGCAUGUCUGCAAUUGUCAGCUGUGUAUUCCUUUCAGAUUUGCACUUUGCACCAAUUAAGGCUGUUCUACUGAAUUGUCAAAAAACUGUCCAGUUCUUUUUUUCAGUCCAGAAUGCAAAUGAAAUGACUAUCCUCAUCAAAUAAUUCAUGGACAAAAGGGCUUACUAUUGUUAAUUACUAAACUUUCAGUAUGGCCAUUUAGCAACCUGAAAAAAGAGAAGCUGCUCAAACCACAGUCCAACCACACAGCCUCUCCAAGAUCCAUGCCAACCAUAACAAGAUUUCUAAAGUAAAGACCCACUCCAAUGAAAAUCA